AUGGACUCCCUGGGCAAACUCCAAGCAUCCAUGGGGGACAUCGCCAAGCAGGUCCACAAGUCCUGUACAGACCUCAGCAAGCAAGUCGAACGGCGCCUCGCCGACGUCGAGCGACAUCAGCAGCAGACCGGCUCCACCGUCCAGCGGCUGUCCGACAAGAUCGAGCGGCUCGAGCAGAUCUUGGGCCUCAUGCAAUCUGAAUCUCCCCCUGUCCGCGUGGAAGACUCCAGCUUUGACAGGGAUCCUGAUCCAACGGUGCUGGUCCUGCGGGCCAAGGCUAUGCUGCCCAAAGCCAACCUCGACAAAGAUGUGGUGCAGCCCAUCCUCGAGAGGAACAAUCUCACCCCGACAGAUGUCCAGCUGGACGGUGAUCCCGCUGGCCGCCGCUCCCUCCUCAGGCUCAAUGGCAACGCUCAGCUGGCCGCCAGGCGUGUUAGGCAAAUCACAGGCAGUUUCAACAUAUCGGCAUCUCAAUGGCAGCGAUUCUCCACGGCUGACACCACGGGUGCGGCAACUGAGGUGUUCAUCUCCACGGUCAAGUCCCAGAAGCAGGUACAGACGGAGCUUCUCACGAAGAAGCUCAAGGCGACGCUCUCCGAGCUCUACCCAACCCACCACUUCCAUGGCAACCGAGAUCGUGGCGAAAUCUCCACGCAGUGGAAGCCGCUGGUUCGCGCCACUCCUCAGCCUGGUCAGGGCUCCGAGCCGACCCUCGAGUUCGUUCGCGCGAACCUGGCCCAGUUCGGCUUCAGCGCCGACCAGAUCCGCGCCAAAUUCAAGCUGUUGGCCCCGCCUGCAGAACCCGCACAGAAGAUCAACUACAUGAAGAAACUUCUGGGCAAAGGUUGGAUUCUCGGGAUCCAGGAAUCUCACGGGACCCUGGACGAGCUCAGGGACCUGCUCUACCACAUCCACUUCCCUACUCAGGCCUUCUACUCGUUCCUGCCGGCCUCGCCGCAUGACGCGGGAGGGGUGAUCACCUUCGUCCCCGAUUUUGAUAUCACGCAUGCUGCAGACGACAGGCCUUCUAUCUCGGAACAUGUUUUGACCCAGGGGCGUGCGUUGAAUGUUCGAAUUUUGUUUCCGAGCGGGGUUCUCAUCUCGCACUUCAGCAUUCAUAACCACGGACUGUCGUCUCAGCAGCGCACCGAGAUCCUAGAUGCUAUCACCUCCGACCUCCCCCUGGCCUCCGCGGACCCCCUCAAAAUCUUCGUCAUCGUAGGCGGGGACUUCAACUUCUCAGAGGACCCCCCCGUGGCGCUCGAUAGCUUCGAAAACUUGCAUCCCCCUGGCUUCUCGGUUCCUUUGGAGCCAUCUGCGAGCCCUUCGCAGAGUGGAUCUGGGAGCGGACGUUUGGGUUCCGACGGUCUGGCUUGGAACCUUAUCUUGGGGCACAUGACGGAGGUUCAGCUUCAGGAACCUACUCAUCACUGCGCCGCGCAGGGGGCACUGCGGAAAUUGGAUAGGAUUUAUGCGUCUGCGCCAGGGUGGAGCCUUACUCAGUGGUGCGCGAGCGGCAGGGCGCACGGCUACCCAGAGGUGCCCAGCCGCGCACGCAUCUCUGAUCAUGGUGCUGUCUCCGCCACCUUUUCCGCUCGAUCGCCGAAGCCGCCAGGAGAGCAACCCAUCCACCAGGACAUCUUUCGGAGACAUGAGUACCAUAAAUUCAUCCAGGACGUUCUCGGCCAGGUCGACGACUCCGAGUUCCCCCCCCCCUUCCGCCUCGCCUUCCACAAGGAAACCAUGAUCGAAGCGGCUCGGCACACUCGCGAUCGACUUCUCCGAUUUCGACAUCACGACCCCCUCUCGAGAUACAUCGCCAUUCGCACCAUCGCUCGAGCUGUAUGGGGGCAGAACGCGCUGCUGGCCCAGAAGAAUAUGGCGUCUCACCCGUUAGGCGCGCAGUUUCUGGUCGUCGAUCCGCUGACCGCGCAAGUCUCGAUCAAUGACCCUGCCAUCUUCGCGGCGUUGGCCGCUGAGAUCCACGCCGCCACGCCCUCUAGAGCCCAGUCGGAGACAAGGCAGAGACUCCGG